GUCGGAGGCAGUAAGAGAGUCCGGAGUCGAGGAGUCGGUGCGAGCGUUGUGGCUUGGCUCGUGUUCGUUCUCUGACGCCCGUUAUAGCUGCUGCGUAGUAGCCGUGCGCGGGGUAGUCGAGGGGCUUCGGGAAGCCGGCGCGGGUCCAGGCGCGCGCAUAACUCUGAGCCUGAGGGGGGUCGGCACUGCCUCACACAGCGAGGGCGGCCAGGAGGGGGAAGCCGCUGCCUUGGAGUAGAAGUUUGGCUGGAGCCGCCGCCGCCGCCGCCGCCGUCAUUGUCGCGGCGAGGAAACUUUUCUCCAGGGGCAGGGGCGGAGGAGGUGCUGCUGCCGCCGCCGCCGCCUGGACUGGGCAGGUCCGUGCGGGACCCGGAGACUCCGUGUGGAUUGGCGGGGGCUUCUAAGCCCUGGCCGGGAUGUACCUGGCAGCGUUGGCCGCGGGUCGGCGGAGCCGGGGUGUGGGCGGCGGCGGCUGGCACCUGGCGGCGGGGUGGCUGCUGCUGCUGGCGCUGCUGCUGCUGGAGGAGUGCGGGACGCGGGCGUUCGUCUGUCUGCCUUGCGACGAGUCGCGGUGCGAGGAGCCCAAGAACUGCCCCGGCGGUGUCGUGCUGGACAUCUGCGGCUGCUGCUUCCUGUGCGCCCGGCAGCGCAACGAGAGCUGUGGCGGCUUCUUCGGGCUCCACGGCGCCUGCGACCGGGGGCUCCGCUGCGUGAUCCGCCCGCCGCUCAACGGGGACUCUCUCACCGAGUACGAAGCGGGCGUCUGUGAAGAUGAAAACUGGGAUGAUCAGCUGCUUGGAUUUGAGCCUUGCAAUGAAAACCUGAUAACAGGCUGCAAUAUAAUCAAUGGAAAAUGCGAAUGUGAUACUAUUAGGACCUGUAGUAAUCCCUUUGAGUUUCCAAGCCGGGAUACUUGCCUAUCAGCUUUAAAAAAGAUUGAAGAGGAAAAGCCUGAUUGUUCCAAGGCCCGUUGUGAAGUACAGUUUUCUCCUCGCUGUCCAGAAGAUUCCAUUUUGAUUGAAGGCUAUGCUCCACCUGGUGAAUGCUGCCCUCUUCCAAGUCGCUGUGUGUGCAAUCCUACAGGGUGUUUGAGGAAAGUUUGCCAGCCAGGCUAUUUGAAUAUAUUGGUUUCUAAAGCAUCAGGCAAACCAGGGGAAUGCUGUGACUUUUAUGAAUGUAAACCAGUUUUCAGCGUAGACUGCAGUACAGUAGAAUGCCCUCCUGUCCAGCAAGUUGUUUGCCCCUUGGAUAGCUAUGAAACCCAAGUCAGGCUGACAGCUGAUGGAUGUUGUACUCUUCCUACAAGGUGCGAGUGUCUCUCUGGUUUAUGUGGUAUACCAAAAUGUGAGACAGGCUACAUCCCCCAAAUAGUGUCACGUGGAGAUGGAACACCUGGCAAGUGCUGUGAUGUUUUUGAAUGUGUCAAUGAUGUGAAGCCAGCCUGCAUAUUUAACAAUGUGGAAUAUUAUGAUGGAGAUAUGUUUCGAAUGGAUGCUUGCCGUUUUUGUCGGUGCCAGGGUGGCGUCUCUAUUUGUUUCUCAGCACAGUGUGGGGAGCUACAUUGUGACAGAUAUUAUGUACCAGAAGGAGAGUGCUGUCCAAUAUGUGAAGAUUCCAUUUCUCCGGUUAAUAACCCUGCUGGCUGUUAUGCUAAUGGCCAGAUCCAAGCCCAUGGUGAUCGCUGGAGGGAAGAUGACUGCACUUUCUGCCAGUGUAUCAACGGAGAGUCCCAUUGUGUUGCCACGGCCUGUGGACAGAGCUGCUUGAAUCCUGUCAAAGUGCCUGGGGAAUGCUGCCCAAUGUGUGAAGAACCAACUUAUAUCACAAUAGGUCCUCCCACAUGUUAUCCUCUGGUGAACUGCACAUUAAUGGAGAGAGACUGUGUCUACAACUUCAAAGUUGACCAGAAUGGUUGUCACAUCUGUCAAUGCAGAACGAGAGAGGAGCUGUGUACUGACCUCAUGGAAGGUUGUUCCUUGGCUUGCUCUUUUGGCUUUCAAACUGAUGACCACGACUGUAAGAUCUGUCAGUGCCGACCACGGCCCAAGAAAUGCAAGCCCGUAGUGUGUGACAAAUACUGUCCAUCUGGAUACUUGAAGAACAAACAUGGAUGUGAAAUCUGUCGAUGUAAGAAAUGCCCAGAUCAGUCAUGUGAUAAGAUCUGCCCUAAUGACUUUCAGCAAGAUAAUGAAGGCUGUCUUAUCUGCAAAUGCAGAGAGUUACCAGCUUCUGCAAUGCCACCUGCUAAGACUGGUUCUUGCCUGUCAGUGGAUGGGCACCGUCAUGAAAAUGAAGAAAGUUGGCAUGAUGGAUGCCGUGAAUGUUACUGUCAUAAUGGGCGGGAAAUGUGUGCUUUGAUCACCUGCUCUGUGCCUAACUGUGGCAAUCCCACCAUACAUCCAGGCAAAUGUUGUCCAUCUUGUCCAGAUGAAUCUACUUUUCAGAAGCCAGAACUCAGUGGUCCAACUAUCUGCUAUGUUCCAGGUGGUGAAUACUUUGUGGAAGGAGAUACAUGGAAUAUUGAUUCUUGCACACAAUGUACUUGUCAUAAUGCACGAGUUUUGUGCGAGUCUGAAGUCUGCCCACCUCUUCUUUGUCGAAAUCCCACCCGUACUCAAGAUUCAUGCUGUCCACAAUGUCCAGAUGAGCCUGCUCAGCCUUCCCCUUCAAGCAAUAAGAGCAUGCCUAACUACUGCCAGAAUGAUGAAGGUGAUAUUUUCCUGACUGCUGAAUCCUGGAAACCAAAUGUUUGUACAAGCUGUGUUUGCAUGGAUGGGGCUAUCAGCUGCUACUCUGAGUCUUGCCCCCCAGUGUCCUGUGACAGACCUGUUUUGAGAAAAGGCCAGUGUUGCCCUUAUUGUAUAGAGGACACAGCAUCAAAGAAGGCAGUUUGUCACUUUAAUGGAAAAACAUAUGCCGAUGAAGAACGUUGGGAUAUAGACAGCUGCACACACUGCUACUGUCUACAGGGUCAGACCCUUUGUUCCACAGUCAGCUGCCCUCCUCUUCCUUAUUGUGGAGACCCAUCAAUGUUGAAGGGAAGUUGCUGCCCCAUGUGCGGGGUGAACUUCAAGAAAGAAUAUACCACUGAGAAAGAAUUGUCCUUAAUCUCCAUUUGCCUCAUUUUUGCAGGGCAGGGCACUAUUGACAGGGUUUGUCAUAAUGAUCAGGGUGUGCAUAUCAUGGAAUCCCACUGCCGGGGCCAGUCUCAGGAGGCAGCAGCCUGGAGAGGGGAUUGGCGGAUCUCUCUGCCCCCUGCCUCCUUCCUGCCUAAACAAUCCCAGCUCAUUAAUGCGUGGACUGCAAAGAAAGGAACUAUGGUUCAGGUGGACAGUUCUCAGAGAAUGCCCAAAUUGCUGACCCAGAUUCAAGAUACAGUGGAUUCUACAGCAUGCAAAACAGAACAACACAGGCAGAUAAUUUCUAUCAAACAGUGUGAAGUUGCAUCCUUACCAAAGAAGUUAAGAAGAAACAAAGACUGUCUGCUAUUAAAAAUAAAUCUAGAAUUGUGCACUUGCUUAGUGGAUUGUAUUGGAUUUGUGACUUCAUGUACAGCUCUAAGAUCUUACUGGGACUGGGCUCUGACUCCUGCAAUGUGCCAGAACAAGCAUUCCCGCUUCUUGCGAUAA